UCCUGGGCAUGAUCGUCACCUCCGUGCUGUUGCUCACGCCUCCUGACGAUGGGCCGAGAGUCAAAGGAAGAAGAUUUGAGUUAGAAGACAUAUUAGGUGACGACUUUAAGAUUCCUGCCUUCAAUGGGACGUGGGUGACAGAUCAUGAGCUUGUGUUCAGGGACCCCGCCGGUGGCCUCUCCGUCUUUGAUGCCGAGACACUCACUUCGCGGGUCCUUGUCUCCAAUAUCACCUUUAGACAGCUUAAUGUGGCCCACUUCAGCGCCUCGCCUGACCUUCGCUACGUGCUGCUUGUUGAGCACGGCCAGAAGGUGUUCCGUCACUCCUUCAAGGCGAAGUACCACAUCUUCAACUGCCAGACACAACACAUCAUCAGGCUGUCGCCCAAGCCUGAGGAGCGCGACCACCCCCUGCUGCUGCUGGCUCGCUGGGCCCCCGCGCGGCACCUCCCUGGUCAUGGUGGACGAGCACUACAACAUCUUCUAUAGGCCCUCGGCAGACAAGGAGACCGUGCACCGUCUCACCCACACGGGCAGCCCUGGAGUCAUCUACAACGGGGUGCCCGACUGGGUGUACGAGGAGGAGAUCCUGGGCAGUAACAGUGCCCUCUGGUUCUCUCCUGACGGGGGAAAAUUGGCCUAUGCAUCACUGAAUGACUCCCUCGUGGAGACGGUGGCCAUCCCUCAGUACGUCUCCAACCACCAGCAGUACCCGACCAUGCGCAACCUCAGAUACCCAAAGCCCGGCCAGGAGAACCCCAAGGUCACGCUAUGGGUGAUUGAUCUCAUUAAUCCGAGGUCAAUUAAGCCCCGUGACCUGAAGCCCCCGAACGUGGUCAAAGACCAGUUAGUGCACUCCGCAGUGUGGGACCACUACUUCACGGCGCUCUCCUGGGUGGACAACGAGAUGGUUAGCGUGGUGUGGAUGAACAGAGCUCAGAACAUCUCCGUCAUCACCAUCUGCUCUCCACCUCUCUAUUUCUGCGAGAUGACGCACCGGGAGCAGUCAGGCGGGCGUGGGUGGGUGGAGCUGUACGACGCGCCCAUCUUCUCCACGGACGGCCAGAGUUUCCUGGUGCGCCUCCCCGUCAGGAAUGGCAACCAGGGGGAGUUCAAGCACGUCAACUUGUACAACGUCCGGAUACACCAGGUCAUCCCCAUUACCCACGGCGCCUACGAGGUCACAGAAAUCCUUGGCUGGGAUCAGAACAAUAACUAUAUUUACUACAUAGCCACGAUGGAAGGCAAGCCAGGGGACCGCCACCUGUUCCGCACCUCAGACGUCACCUCACCCAUGAUGCUGAUGCCAGACUGCCUCUCCUGCCUCGAAGCUGACAACAACACGGACACCUGCCUGUACAACCGAGCCCACUUUUCCAAGGACUUCAGUUACUACGUGCUGGAGUGCCAGGGACCAGACGUACCCCGGGUCUACCUCUUCUCAACGUGGAGUAACCAGAGUGAUGACAAGAAUGAAGCCACUGACAGAAAGGGGUCGUCUCUUAUGAACCAGUACCCCAGGCUCAUCUACACGUUGGACAACUACAGUGAGCUGAGGGAGCGUGUGGAGGAGAUGGCGCUGCCCAAGACCCAGACGUUCCGCGUGGAGCUGGAGGGCGACAACCCCUACACCUACCACGUGCAGCUCCUCCUCCCCCCGGGCUUCAGGGACGACGAGAUCACGCAGUACCCCAUGGUCGUGCACGCAUACGCGGCGCCAGGGUCCCAGGCCGUCACCAGCAAGAUGCAGUUCUCUUGGGGGACAUACCUCGCCUCCAAGAAGAAGAUGAUCUACGCUAUGAUCGACGGACGGGGCUCAGGGUUCCAGGGAGACAAGAUUAAACGUGAGAUAUACCACGAGCUGGGCGGCAAGGAGGUGAAGGACCAGGUAGCGGUGGCCAAGUACCUGCGCGAUAACCUGCACUUCGUCCACCCGCGCAAGAUCACCAUUUGGGGCUGGAGUUACGGCGGCUACGUCACCACCAUGGCUCUGGCUCGCGACGCCGACAACGUUUUCUCCUGUGGCAUGGCUGUGGCCCCCGUGGCUCGCUGGGAACACUACGACUCGGUGUACACAGAGCGCUACAUGGGGUCGCCGCGCGUGUACCCCGGUAGCAACUACAAGGGGUACGAGGCCGCAGACGCUACGAAGGUGGUAGGCAACCUGAAGGGCAAGAUGUUCCUGCUGGUACACGGGACGGCUGACGACAACGUGCACUACCACCAUUCCAUGAUGCUGGCCAAGGCGCUGGUGGACGAGGAUGUUCUCUUCCAGCAGAUGACAUACGCAGACGAGAACCACGGCCUGACGAACGUGAAGGAGCACCUGUACCGUACAUUAGACAAGUUCCUCGCCGACUGCUUCCGCCCCACCAUCCCAGAGCUGUACUUCCUCAUCAAGAAGAAGAAGAAGGACGUGGAGGAAAUCGGGUACCUGUAAGGGCAAUGAUAGCGGCUGGGCGCUGCGGAGGACCAGAGGAGGCGGGCAAGACGCUCAGGGAGGUUUGACUGGCGCAUCUCCUCUCCCUUCCUUCACGGUCCUCACUCAGUUCUCCUUAGAUCAACUCCAGGACAAUAUUUUUUUUCCUCUAGCGUGAUACUGACUAUUAUUUAUGGUGAUACUUUAUAUUCUGACGAAAGAACGUCAUGUUGGGGACGGGCGCCCACCCGGCAUCGCGGCGCCCCCCGUGUUGCCUCACUGGGCUUGUAAUGCUUUUUGAAAUGUUUGUAUAUCAGGACUUCGUAAAUUAUGAAGGGUAUUUAGCGUAUACAUAUAUGUAUUGUUUAAGGGACACAUAUUAUAUACAUACGAGUACAUGUAUUUUUUUAGGCUAGCGUUGUCUCGAAAGAUGAAUCAAAGUAGGCAUGAGUGUUCGUCGGCUCCUGGAGGGCGGCAUGAGCGUGGCCCGCCGCGCACACACCAUCCAUGUCACUCAUUGAUCAUAGCAUUGCCUGUUUGAUAAUUUCAGAUGAGAUUGUAUACUUCAACUGUGGUGCAGUAUGAUACGACGCAGAGUUUUCUAGUGACAUUGUAAUAUUUUUUUUAGCACCAUGAAAUGCGAAAGGCCUGUAGACUAAAAACUGUCAUAUUUUUGUUUGCGAGAAUAAUAGAGGUCAAAUAGCCAGAGAGACCUGUCAGUAUUGUUAUGUAGUCUGCUGCCCUUAGGGUGUUUUGUCCCCAACAAAGAAAUACAGUAUAUGAAAAAAAAAAGCUAGCAUCUUAUGGCGGAACACGAGGCAGUCUGCUUAAAAAUCAGAAUGACUGGUUCAUUUAACUGAGAGCGACAAAGUAACACCUUUUCACGCCCAGGAUUUGUUUGGCGUGGCUUCCUCGUGCACUGCCCAGCCAGUGAAGGCUGUUAAGACGAGCGCAAAGUGGCCAGAGCACAGCCAGGUGUUGGUGAACCCCUGGCCGGGUCUGGCUUGCGGCACGAUGGCAAACAUCCGAUCUGGCUUCAUGAUGUGUUGCAUUUGCACACAAGAAAAUUCCUUGCCGCAGGUGGUGAGAGGGGAAUGCUGCUGCGUUCCUCUGACUUCCAUCCCAUCCCCGAGGCCUUCCACCACGUGUGGAUGGCCAGCGUAUUUCAGAUAUACAUAGUAGUGCCUCCCUAGUCAUUAAUGCACAAUAUUGAUCAUUAUCUAAUUCUUACACGUUAAUGUACAUUGCUCUUUUCUACGGUGAAAUGCUCACAAGCAUUCUAUUUCUUUAAUACGAUUUCUUUCUUGCCCUGCACUCUACAAUGCGAAAAAAAAAAAAAAGGUCAAAUGUACUGACUCAGGAUAUGUACUGGGAUUACAUUUAAACGUAAAGAAAAUCACCAGUUUUGAUGCAUUUGUAUAAAAAAUAACUACGUAGUUAAUGCCAACACUCCGACACCCUGUUGAAAAGAUAAAUUCAGUCCCGUGGUCAAGAUCAGCAGAGAAUUGUUUACUCUGAGCCAAGGCGGCGCCGGCGCGUGGCGGGCUGCGUGCGUGGCGAGUUGUGCGUCUCGUGGUGUGUUGUGGUGGGAAAGGAAGGAGUUAAGCAGACCGGGGACGUGUUUCCGCCAGUCUGGGGUCAACUGGUGAGGGAAGUGCCCUUGCUGUGCCCCGGCCAGCCCAUGACGCGAUGCUGUUCAUGGCAACACAACACAGGUAGGGUCCAAUGCAGCCAGGUUUUCGGAGUACAACUGUUUGAGGUCAAGGAGCCUAGAAAGGAAUGAGCAAACAGUCCAGGUUAUCUUCUGCGAAAUUUAUUCAUUUAGAUAUAUCUUUUUACAUCUACCCAUCACCUUUCAAUGUGUGACUAGUUGUAGAGUAAAUUAGACACAUAUUGCCGUGGAUAAUAUGUAAUAUGUCACAAAAAAAAAAUCGUCUUAUGAAGGCUUUAAUGGUUAAAUAUUUUCGUGUUAUACAGCAUAAGCUAAAUCUGUGAUGUCUGGAAGAUUACCUUUUUUUUUUUUUUUUUUUCUAUU